CCUUUUGAUUUGGUUUGUUUCAGUUAAUGCUGUCGUGGCUGGAGAGAUAUCUCCAUUUGCAGAAUCGUUUUCUUUGCCUCGUGUAGAAGACUAUUGAGACGAUUCUUGCUGGUUCCUUGCAUGAGGUGUUCUUGGUUCAUCUUUAGAUUCUCUUUCUUUCUUCCGCCGAUAUUACGUGUGAAUUUGUGGUUUCCGUUUCCUUUGUUCUUCUGAGGUGCAGUAAUCUUGAAUCAAAUGAGUAAUUGAGAAGCUGGCAGCUCUAAUCCUAGUCGAAUCCAAUUAAUUCCUCACGCGUCAGAAUGGACAGUUCUUGAUAGCACUAGGCAAUCAGUCCCGUCCCCGGUAGGCGAUAGCGGGUGCCCAUGGUGAUGGAGAUGGGGGGAUCGAGGGAGUCGUUCUUGCCGCUGCGGUGGGAGAGCACCGGCGACCAGUGGUGGUACGCGACGCCCAUCGACUGGGCGGCGGCGAGCGGCCACUAUGACGUCGUCCGGGAGCUCCUCCGCCUCGACGCCAACCUCCUCGUCAAGCUCACCUCCCUCCGCCGCAUCCGCCGCCUCGAGGCCGUCUGGGACGACGAUGCGCGCCUCACCGACGCCGCCAGGAACCGCGCGGCCGUCGCCCACCGCCUGCUCCUCGACUGCGAGCCCGAGGAGCCCCGCGGUGGCGCCAACAGGCUCGUCCGGGCGGGGUACGGCGGGUGGCUGCUCUACACGGUGGCCGCGGCCGGGGACGCCGGGUUCGUGCGGGAGUUGCUCGGGGCGCAGCCGCUGCUGGUGUUCGGCGAGGGGGAGUACGGCGUCACCGACAUCCUGUACGCCGCGGCGAGGAGCGGGUGCCCGGAGGUGUUCCGGAUGCUGCUCGACGCGGUGCUGUCUCCAGCGUCGUGGUCGUGCCCGACUGUUGAACACCAAGACGGUGAGGAAUUUAGGCGCGAGGUGAUGAACCGCGCUGUGCACGCCGCGGCGAGGGGAGGCAGCCUGGAGGUGCUCAGGGAGCUUCUGCGCGGGUGCUCCGACGCCGCAGUGUACCGGGACGCGCAGGGAUCGACGAUCUUGCACGCUGCGGCCGCAAGGGGACAAGUUGAGGUUGUUAAGGAUCUCAUUGCAUCUUUCGAUAUAGUCAACUCCAUAGAUGAUCAAGGGAAUACAGCAUUGCAUAUAGCAGCCUUUCGAGGCCAUCUGCCUGUGGUCGAGGCCCUCAUUACUGCAUCAUCAUCUCUAAUAUCAGCUACAAAUGAAGCUGGUGACACGUUCCUUCAUAUGGCAUUGACUAGCUUUGGGACGCCUGGAUUCCGAAGGCUCGAUCGUCAGAUAGAGCUUGUGAGGCAAUUAGUCGGUGCAACGAUUAUGGAUGUCAGCAGCAUUAUCAAUGCACAGAAUGACGACGGAAGAACAGUUCUUCACUUAGCUGUGGUUGGCAAUCUGCACUCAAACCUGGUUGAGCUCUUGAUGACUGCAGCAUCUAUCGACCUCAACGUCCGCGACAACGAUGGCAUGACUCCUCUAGAUUUACUCAGGAAACAGCCGCAGACGGCAUCAUCUGAAAUACUCAUCAAGCAGCUUAUUUUGGCUGGUGGAAUCACAAACUCAAGGGACCGUGAGGUCAGGUCUACUAUCGCUUCUCAGCUGAAGAUGCACUGCAUUGUAGGAAGCCCAGGGACAUCUUUCAAGAUUUCAGAUGCUGAAAUUUUCCUCCAUGCAGGAAUUGAUGUGUCAGGCAUCAGCGAAAGAAUAGCAUCGUUUUCUAGCGUAGGCAAUGGUGUUACUGAAACGCAUGAGCGUAAACUGAAGAAGCUGAAUUCUUUUCAAGAUGCAGCUAAACAUCUCAAAGUCAUAUUCAGAUGGCCUCGCCAGAAGGAGAAGAAAUCAGGUGGAGGCCGGACGGACUUGGAUGAUGAUGCGUUGUCAGUGAACUCUGUCAAGAGCUGGAGCCACACAGAGACUCCGACACCGCUGAGGCAAAGGUAUUCCAGGGUCAGCUCCCUGUUCAACAACAAGAGGACCUUCGCAGCCAAGAGUUCGCCAAGUUCAGCAGGGAAGAAGAGUGGAGUGAUAGAGCCUGAAUCUCCGUCUGCUUCUGCCUCUUGGUCAUCAUCAUCAUUGGUUGAUAAGAUUGAAGCAAUCCAUUUGGACAAAGAGCAGACAUCUCCUAGUGCCAGUGGGUUGAUCAGGCAUACACCUAAGAAAUAUGGAUCUCUGAACAGUAGACUUAUGAACCAGUCCUUGUGUCUCGGAGCACAAGGUUUCAGUGUCGAGGACUCGACCUCGGGGCAGCGGUCGAAUCGGAUAUUCAGACGAUCGCAUUUGUCAGUAGCCUGAUUACAUCAGUUAGCAGAUGGGUGCCAGAAUUGACACGGCUUGUUCCCUUUUGACAUCACUUAUUACAACGUCUCUGAUACUAGAUACGUGUUUAUUGAGUUUACUUUGUGUUUAUGUAUGUAACUAUUACUGAGUUGUACUAAUGUCACGCGCUUACCAUGCAAGUGUAACGUUUUGAUGGCACAUGAAAGUAAAUGAAGGCGUAAUAACGAAGUAAUUUGAUUUUGGCAUA